AUGGCGAUAACCGUAUACGACGCCUUCACGGAGAGAAAAAAAACCGCCAAAAUCAUCAAUAUCAACGAUUCCGCCUCCUCCUCUUCCUCCUCCUCAUUAGUCAACCUCUCGUCGACUACUUUCCGCGACAACAUCAGAUCGCUUCUCCGCGACUACGCCGUGACGGAAGAUUACACCGUCGACGGCAACACCGUCUCCUGUAUCUUCCUUUUCAGCGAAGUAACCGGCGUCGUGUUCCCUCUUUUCGCCGUGGAAGAACGAAUCUCCGACGGCGAUUCAUCUCCCAAUCCUCCUCUAUGCGAUGUUUGUAGAUGCGUCGGUUGGGGUCAUCAUUAUGUAACGAAGAGAAAGUAUCAUCUGAUAAUCCCGAGGAAUGAUAAAUGGAACGAGUCACUGACGAGAGAGAGCUUGAAGGCGAGGAAUCAUUUGAUGCAUGGUGUGAUUCACUGCAAUGGCUUUGGUCACUUGCUAUGCAUCAAAUCUGGUUUCUUUUCUGGUGAUAGAAUCAUGAACCUUUGGGACAGUCUUUGCUCUACUCUUCACACUAGGAAGAUUUCAGUGGAUGAUAUGUCGAAGAAAGGAUCAAUGGAUCUGAGGCUGCUCCAUGGUGUUGCAUAUGGUCGACCAUGGUUUGGAAAAUGGGAUUACAUGUUCUCUCAUGGAAGCUUUGGGAUCAGAAAAGAACAAUACAGUCGAGCUAUUUGCAUUCUUAGCUCUAUGGAAGUUGACAAGAUAAAAGAAGAUUUCUCCGGAACAAGAAAAGAGAGAGUGUUGAAGAUGAUCAUCAACUUCUACGUAGAAUCAAGUCAGACCCCAAUAGUCACUCUCUCUGAGUUGCUUCAGUUCAUGCUUGCCUUCACUUCCAAAGCUCCCGUUGAGCGAACAACCGCAAUGGCACUAGUAGCAAUGUCUUCACAUCACAUUUCAAAUCCAAUCCCUGGAGACGAGGGAGACACUUCGGAUAGCUCUUUAACCUCAACCCCUGAUGAUCAGGAGGAAUCAGAUGAUAAUGAGAAUGAGAAUGAUUCUGGCGCAGACACUGACCUAGUAGAUCAAAAUACUACAAUGGUGGGCAUGAAUCCCCCUAAGUAUAACUCAUUUGAAGAAAUGGCCAGGGCAGAACAAGCUAGAUGGUCUGCAAAGAGGUUGAACAACGCAGCUCAAGCGGUUCUCAAAGUUUUCAAUGAGAGAAACAACAGCGUCAUUAGUCGCCAAGAGCUACGUGAAGCUGUUAGAGGUAGCAUUGGUGACACAGGGUUGAUUGACUUCUUGCUCAAACACAUUGACAAGGUUCUAAUAGGUGACCAAUUAGUCCAGAGGUUCGCAAACCCGGAAUCACGGAUGCUACAAUUCUCCCUCAGGAAAAUCACUCCCCAUGCUUUAGAUCGAGAAGCCAAAAAGAGAAGGAAGACUCAUGAAACCGAUGAAUGGAGAUCAACCACUCCUGGACUGGAUCCUUAUGAAGACAUUCUUUAUCUGUAUAAGAAUCUCUUGCUAGCUUAUCCUUAUGCAGACGUAUACAGUGAUGCCUCUGAGGUUAUCUUGAACUGCAAGAGCUUUGUGAAAGAAUGGCCCUUACAAUCUCACCAGGGACAUAACUCUUUAACAGUAAGCUGCCAAGUCUUGCCUAAUCACGAAGAGGUUCUCAGAGACUUCACCAGGAAACUACCCCCUGGAGAACUCGUGAUGGUUCCUAAAAACGCAACCAUCAGAGAACUGAAAUCUGCAGCAGAGGAAGCUAUGAGGGACACUUACUUCGUCAUGGAGAAUUUUGAAGUGUUGGAGAUCAAAAACAAAGAUCUCGAGAAGAUUAAUGAGAGCAUCGGUCUAAUCUCAGAUGGUAAUAAGAUUAUGACAGAGUUCUUGGUGACAGGGUUUGGUCUGGAUACAGGGACAGAGCUAAGGUACGAAGGAGGGUUUGAUGACUGGACCGUUGAGUGCAAAUGCGGUGCUAGAGAUGAUGACGGUGAGAGAAUGGUGGCUUGUGAUGCUUGCAAGGUUUGGCACCACACUAAGUGCCAUUCCAUAGAUGACGAUGAAGCUGUGCCUCAGGUGUUUCUAUGUAAUAGGUGUUUUGGAGAUAGCGUGAGGUCCAAGAAACGCAAUGUCGCCAAUCGCUAG